AUGUUUGAAUCUGCAAGAAGUAUUAUGAGUUGUCUUGGUGAUUGUGCAAAGGUUAUAGCAAUGAAAAACAAUCCAGUACAAUGGAUAACUCCUCUUGGACAUCCUGUUGUUCAACCAUACCGCAAAUUAGGAAGACAUCUUAUUAAGACAUCUCUUCAAGUUUUGACACCACAACAAGAAAUCGUUAAGGUGAUGGUGAAAAGACAAAGAACAACCUUUCCUCCUAACUUUGUCCACUCUCUGGAUGGGUCCCACAUGAUGAUGACAACCAUUGCUUGUAAAGAGGCUGGCUUAAGUUUUGCAGCCAUGAAAAACCCUAAUUCUUCUCUCCUUAGAAGUAAAUGGAGUCCUAUUCCAAUACCCCAUAGAAGUACCGUUGAACCCAAAGUGAAGCACAUCCUGUUAAAGCUUCAAAACAGCUACGUCAUUUCCCUAAAAUUAUUCAAAUGGAUUGAGCUUCACAACCCUAGUUUACUCACCCUCGAAACAAAUUCCAUCAUCAUCCACAUUCUCACCAAGAAUCGUAAAUUUGUGUUGGCUGAAUCCAUUUUAAAGAAGAUCAUCGGUUCUUGUUCUUGUGAUGUAAACCUCCAUUCUAAGCUCUUCGAUGCUGUUCUUCACUCUUAUCGAAUGUGUGAUUCCACUCCUCGUGUUUUCGAUGCCCUUUUCAAAAUGUAUGCACAGAUGAAGCAGUUCAGGAAUGCAACAGAUACAUUUUGUCGUAUGAAGGAAUAUGGAUUUCUUUCCACCAUUGAAUCAUGUAACAUGAAUAUGAGUUCACUGCUUAGUUUCAAUCGAGCAGACAUCGCGUUACCGUUUUACAACCAACUGAGAAUAUCCAAGAUCACAAUCAAUGUGUUCACUCUCAACAUGGUGAUGAAUGCUUAUGUUCAAUUAGGGAAACUAGAGAAUGCAGUCCAAGUGUUCGAUGAAAUGCAAGGUAUGGGAAUGAAACCUUUUGUCUCCUCGUACAAUACAUGGAUCACUACAUACAUCAACCAAGGCCUUUUAACAACCGCAAUCAAGUUGAAACUUACAAUGGAGAAGAAUGGAAUCAGCCCAAAUGCCAUAACUUACAACACAAUAAUCCAUGGAUUUUGUAAAGAAGGGAAACUACAUGAUGCUUUUAAAGUUUUGCAUGAAAUGAAAAGGGUAAAUGUGGAUCCUAAUACUAUAACUUACAACACAUUAAUCACUGCAUGUUCCCAAUCAGGUAAAAUCGAAAAGGGUAAUCAGAUAUUUGAAGAAAUGAUAAGAACCGGGGUCAAACCUGAUAUUUUGACUUAUAACGCAUUGUUGUUGGGACUUUGUAACGAAGGAAAAACAAAGAAAGCUGCUUAUUUGGUUAAAGAACUUGAUAAAAAGAAAUUAGUACCAAAUUCUUCAACAUUUUCUUCCCUAAUUAAAGCCCAAUGUGCUCGAAAGUACCCAGAUCGUGGUUUUCAACUUUAUAAAAUCAUGGUGAAAAGCAAUUGUCGUCCAAAUGAAGAUACUGUGAAGAUGUUGAUUUUAUCAUUCUUGCAAACGGAUGAUUAUGAUGGUGCUUUUGGUGUUUUUAAAUAG